AUUAUUAUAUUAUGAAAAUUAAUGAAAAGAAUUGAAAUGUAAAUGAAAAAAUAUACAUAUUAAUAUUUACAAAAAAUUCCCUUAUGUUCUACAAGAAAUGUAGGUUAGAUGAAUUGAUGCAAUAUAUCGAAGCAAUAAAUCUAAUGACAGUUAGAUCAUAUUCGCACGUGUUGAUAUGGCGCAGAAUAUUGCAAUUCUGUCCACGAUUCCUAGGUUAUCUUACCAUCUUCAAAUGCAACUUCCAAACUUAAUGAUAUUUGACGUUUCGCCAGAUAAAUAUGAUACAUUAUCAAAAUUACAAAAUGCAGAUAUAUUGAUAACUGAUUGCGAUUUAUUUUUACCAUAUAUAAAUAAAUUACCAUCUUUAAAGUGGGUACAAACAACAUGGGCUGGUAUUGAACCAUUAGCUUCAAAUUUAAAAGAUAAAAAUAUUAAUUAUUCUAUUACACGCUUCUCAGAUAAAUCUUUUGGUUUAGCUAUGUCUGAAUAUGUGAUAGCACACAUUUUUAAUUUUGAACGUAAUCAAAAGCAGCAAUAUCAAAAUCAAAAACACAACCAAUGGAUGAAAGAUGGAAAAAUUUCUGAUCAUAGACUUAUUUGUGACUUAUCUGUAGGUAUUCUAGGUUUAGGAAAUAUUGGCAAAUCAAUUGCAGAAAAAUUAAAAAUAUUUGGAGCAACUGUAUGGGGAAUGUCAAGAACACCACUUAAAGAAAAUUUAAAUUAUCUUGAUGAACAUAGAACAACUGCAUAUCUGUCUGAAAUACUAACAAACUGUGACUAUAUUAUUAAUGUUUUACCAUCUACACCUAAUACUUUAGGAUUAUUAAAUGGAAAUGUAUUACAAAGUUGUCAAAAUCGGGGCAGUGUUUUUAUCAAUAUAGGUCGAGGUACAAUUAUUAAAGAAACAGAUUUAUUACAUGCUCUUGAGCAACAAUGGAUUUUAGGAGCAAUUUUGGAUGUUUUUGAAGAAGAACCAUUAUCAAAAAAAAGUAAAUUAUGGACAUUACCACAGGUUACUAUUUCACCACAUAUCUCAGGUAUAUCUCGUGCUCAAGAUGUUGUGAAAUUUUUUAUUCAAAAUUAUGAGAAAUAUAUCAAAGGUGAAACAUUGUUGAAUAAAGUAAAUUUAGUAGAAGGUUAUUAAAUAUAAAUAGUUUAAUAAUAUGUAGAAAUUUUCUAUCAAAGUUUUGAAUACUUUUAAUACAAUAUAAACUUAACUAAACUUAUUAAACAUAAUUUUAUGAUUUAUAAAAUAACUAUUUUAAUAAUUUAUUAUAAUAUAUAUUAUAAUAUAUAUUAUUAUUAAAAAAUAUUUUUUGAAAAAAUAAUUAUUCUGUUUCUUGAACAACUGGACUUGAAAAUGGUUUCAAACCUCGUAUUGUAAGAUCAUAAACUACUUCUUCCACUUUUUUAACAGCAUAUUUUAGGCCAUCAAAACGUUUUCGUAGAGAAUCAUUUUUUAAAUUUAAAAGUCUAAAACCUGCAUUUAAAUCAUUUACAAAACGUGCUAUUUCUAUAGGUCGAUUAUAAUCACCAUUAGUAACACUAUUUACAGCAAAACGACUCUGAAA